AUGGCACGCAAACUAAGCCACCAGAGAGUCACCUAUGUACUCCCUCUCCCGGAUGCCCCAGGCGGGCAUCGGCUGGGGGUCAAUGGCCUGACCGUUGACCGUCAGAACUCCAUCUUGUACUCCGCGGGCCGCGACGGCGUCAUCUGCUCGUGGGAUCUCGAUUUCCCCUGCCCUCCCUCGUUUGCGCCGGACCCUGCGACCUCGAGCCGGAAGCCCGGCCUGACGGGCUUCAAGACGCAGGUGCAGGCUCACAGCCACUGGAUCAACGAUAUCGUCUUGGCGGAGGAUAACUCCGCGCUCGUUUCCGCUUCGUCCGACACAACCGUACGACUCUGGCGCCCGCACUCUGAAUCCACCGAUGUCCCCGAGCGCAUCGGUAAACAUACUGAUUAUGUUAAGGCCCUGGCGAGCCCUGGUGGUCAUGCCACUUGGGUCGCAUCCGGUGGCUUGGAUCAUAAACUCUAUCUAUGGGAUUUGAAUGGCUGCGGAGAAAUACUGAAUAUUGAUGCUGGCGGCGAUGAUGCUACCGAGAAGGGCUCUGUCUACGCUCUUGGGGCUGUGUCGUCGGUUCUUGCUAGUGGUGGUCCGGAGAAUGUCGUCCGGGUCUGGGAUCCUAGGUCUGGCAAGUUGGUCACCAAGUUUGUUGGACAUACGGAUAACAUCCGUGAUAUUAUGGUCAAUCAAUCCGGUGAUACGAUCAUGACCGCUUCGUCGGAUCAAACGAUUAAGAUUUGGUCCCUUACAGCGGGACGAUGCAUGAAUACCCUGACCAUGCACAACGACAGCGUAUGGUCUCUCUACUCCGACCACCCCGAUCUCUCAGUAUUCUACUCCAGCGACCGGUCCGGCUUGGUGGCCAAGACUGAUACUCGGGGCUCUCCCGAUCCCGAGCAAGGCACCUGUGUCGCGGCACUACAAGAACAUGAAGGUGUUGUCAAGGUCGUUGCAGCGGGCGACUACAUCUGGACUGCAACUCCCAAAUCGAGCAUCAAUCGCUGGAGAGAUGUUGAUACGACACUUGAUAUCGAGCCACCGCCUGAUCCUGCCCCUACUAUUGAAUCCACUGCGGAGCCUGCCAAAAAGGCCGAAGAUGGUCCCAAGAGAAUUCCAUUCAAUGCUGCUCUUCAACUAUCGGCUACGUCAACACUUCUAAGUAGCUCGACUCCUAAUGGAAGUACCCCAGAGCCAAAUUUGGAGGCGGUUGAUCUAAGAAACCCGGUUCAUUCGCUACCAGAGGAAACAAUCGAGGGCCAGCAUGGUUUAAUCAAGUGUCUUAUGCUGAACGACCGCAUGCAUACACUCACUCAGGAUUCUGCUGGAGAAGUUGUGCUUUGGGAUCUGUUAAAGUGUGUUCCAAUCAAGGAAUUCGGCAAACGUCAUAUUGAUGAUGUUGCCUCAGAAGUCAACACCACUGAUAGUAUUGCACAUUGGUGUGCAAUCGAUGUACGCACUGGUCGACUAUCGGUCAUCCUGGAACCCAAUCGUUGCUUUGAUGCAGAGGUCUAUGCCGAUUGCGCCGACUUGGCGCCAUCAGAUAUAACCGAGUUUAGAGAUGAUCAGCGAAUCAAUCUUGGUAAAUGGAUCUUGCGCUGGCUCUUUGCUCCGGUGGUGGAUGAGGAAAUACGCAGAGAUAACGAAUAUCGUCAAGCUGCUAUUGCCAAGGCAGAAGAGAUUGUUCGUCAGAACACUGUAAGCUCGUCAGUUCCGGCAGAUGAUAUCCCGCGGAGCGCUGGCAUCCCCAUUUCUAACCCCCAUCCGACAUGGAACUUGCGCUCUGGCCCAGAUUACCCUGCCAGUCCCAGUACCGGGUUCGGCAUCAAUUCUGGCACACCAACGUCAAACUACUUGAGCACUUCCAUGCAGAGCAAUUCUCCAUUCCCCAUGUUUGAACCAGAUACGCCUGAACCUAUGGCACCCACACAGUCACAUCUCGAUGGCGGGCCAUCCUCCUUCUCGGAUCGGAGUGAUUACUUCUCAAAUAGACCCACGCUGCUGACCGAAACUUCUGUUAUGUCACCAUUGCAGUCGGAGGGCGGCGCCUCCAAUACGGGUGUACCUCAGUCUCCUGCAGAACCUGAUAAAGAAGAGCGCAAGAAGGGCGGAUCUCUCUUUUCGAAGAAAUUUCGAAUGGACUUCCCCAAGAAGUUGACUCGCAAUUCUACUGAUACAAAGCCUCAGAUUCUUGAAGAGAAGGCCGAAGAGUCGGAGAUAUCCUCUGUCAAGGAGGAGAAGGUGUAUGAGCCCAAUCUCUGCGGAGUGGUUGAUCGGAUCCGUCAUGAUUAUGAGGAGCACCUGUCUACAAAUUCGAACCUCGAUUUAGAGACCGCUAUUACGCCCAGUCUCGAGAAUGAAACACCUCGGUUGGAUAUUCCUCCUCGCGUGGCGGUCUUCAUUCAAGAGGAAACCGGCGAUACUGCAGUUGCUUCAGAUCUCUAUCGUGGCAGCGUGGACCGCAUCGGCGAGGAUCUCGAAAGACUCAAGAAAUCAAUCCCCCAUUGGCUUGGUGAACUUCUUCUCAAGAAUCAAAUUCCCUUCAAGGAACAAGUCAAGAUUGCAUUCGUGUUGAAACCAUUUGACGAUUCCGUCCCACCAGUCGUCAAGCCAGAGCCGCCUGCCAUGAAUGGCGCACCACCCCCAAGCAACUUAAAUCCCAACGCCAACGGCUCCCGAUUAAAUGCGAACCGCAUGCUCCGCACCAAGAAGGUUCUCGCUUACGUUGCUGAACGCAUCGAUCCUGCCAAUCCGGAUGACCCCGAGGAGUCCCUCAUGCCACCGGAGGAGUAUCUCGAGCUUUACUGCCAAAAGACGCUCUGUCCCCCAAACAUGACCCUAGCGACAAUCCGCACAUGCCUAUGGCGCACCUCAGGAGACAUGAUCCUUUACUACAAAGCAAACGGCAAGAAAAAGAUCCACCCACCCCGCUCUCUAUUAGGUCUGGACGACAACCCAACACCAGUAGCCGAGCUCAACGGCACAAACGGCGACCACGCACCCCCGGGCAGCAUCCACUCAGUGACGAACUCGGGCUCCAUCGCCGGCUCCGUUGCGACCUAG